AUGGUCAACGCUGCCGCUCUGCCUGACCAUCCCUCCUUUCAGAGAGCCGCUCUAGACCUUCCAGUCGAGCCGACUUGCGGGCCCUUGUUUGAACAGGCCCUCAUAUCCACCUUUAUCGCUUCAUUUUCUCUAUCAGGCUUUCAUUCGGUUCAAUCCGACUCCUGGACUCGAUACCUUUCCGAAUGGGCAUCCUCUCCCAAAGCGCUGGGGUGGUCCAUUAGAGCAGCGACGCUUGCCUUUUACGCACAGGUAUCCCAGGAGACGGCUCUGUACCAAGAAGCUAGCCGAUGCUAUGCACAUGCUCUUCGAGGCCAGAGUGUCUCCGUGAGCCAGUGCCUCGAGGGGCUCAGUGGCCAGAGCAAUGGCCACUCGAAAGUACCCACCGAGGAGGACAUUUACGCAUCGCUGAUGUUGAUGUACUACGAACUGAUCAGCCCGGCUUCUAUAGGUAGCUGGACUACACACCUGCGAGGAACUGCCCAGCUUCUACUCUUGAGAGGGCCGCAGAACUGCCGGACCGGCGCUGUUCAUCUUGUCUUCCGUUCAGUACGGUUGUUGCUAGCUCAAGCAUCCAUUACAAUCCAAGAGCAGUCAUGUUUCGCCUCUCCAGCCUGGUACAAUAUGCCUUUCGCUCUAUCCAAGAAGACCGCAUUAGAUAUUCUCCUCGACGCGAUGCACGAGGUGGCUAAAUUGCUUCGCUUCGACCAGAGUGAAGAGCACGGAGAUGAGGAAAGGCUACAUCCCUUAAUCUGCCGGCUAGAAAGCCUCGCGGAGACGGUUGCCCACAGCGAAAGUGUAUACCUCCACGAACUUCGUUCAUCCUACUCGACCCAGACCAUCGCUUCCAACUGCCUCGCGUUCCAAUUGAUAGAAGUCGAAAGACUGGAUGACGAGAUAUGGCUCGGCGGUGGUGACUUCCGCUCCGCCAUUCCAGCCGUGAUGUUUCACACCAUUCACAUCUUGGUUGAUUAUCUCCGGCUUCGGGCAAGGGCCGAAGACUAUGUCUCGGAGGAGCGCACGACUAGGUGCUCCGUUUUGCUGCAGUUCACACACGCUCUCUUCCAACGUGACCUACUAGGCAGACUGAACGAGGGAUCGUGCAUGCAGCUGGUUUUUCCGUUGGAGGUAGUACGGCGGUAUAGUCCGUGUGAAACGCAAAAGGCGCAAGCCAGGAUUUACCUUGAUCGAUUAGGCUGGAAAAAGGAGUCUUGA